UCCACCCCUUGCACGCCGGUCUUUGUUGGCCAACAGUCCUCGGGACUUGGGCUUUGGGCGGAGUCAAAGCCUUAGAGGUCAUCUCUGCGUGGGCGGGGAAGAGAGGCUGUAGGUGUAACCAGCGGCUCCCGGCACGUAAAGUUGUGAAGUGUCAGCACUCUUCCAGCCCCAGCUUUCAGUGCCCCCUCGGUUUGCAGGCGGGCUCACAGGCCCAGGAAGGGAAAGACAUGCCCAGGACUCAUAUAUACUGCAGGCCGCUUGAGAAGUAAGUGCCUGAACCCUUGUUGAUAAAUGCUUAGGGAGAAAAUGUGCUGGAAACAGCCUGUGAAAAGGCAGCGAGAAGAAUGAAACACAGAGAGCCAGGAACGCAGCACAGAAAAAGAGAGUGCCUGAUGCCAUCACCACUAAAGAGAUGUUUGCUGAAUGAAUGAACUGCUUAUAGUUUGCUGCUUCAACAAGUUGUCCCAUAACCUGUGUCUGCUGGUGCUUUUCCUUUGCCUAGAAUACCUUUCCCUUCCUCAUCUGGCUCAUUCCUAAAGACUCAUCUGUCACAGGGGGUGCAAGUUCGAUACCUGGUUGGGGAGCUAAGAUCCCACGUGCCUCACAGCCAAAAAAACCAAAAGGAAAUGAAGCCAGAAUCCACAGAUGUCAUUAUCCAUCUGCACGCUUUUGUUUACUACCCAGAAGGCAAGAAUAUUGCAUUUUAAAAGUGUCCGGACUUUUGUUCUUUCUUAUCACAAAUGACUUGAGAAGAUCUGACCAUUCACAGUUACCCUGAGUGGAAGUGCCAAAGACUUGCUUCUUAGAGCGCUUUGAGAUUCAGGUACCUCAUAGAAGUGGAAUCACAAUAUUUGUCCUUUUGUGACCGGCUUAUCUCACCGAGCAUAAAGUCUUCAAAACUCAUCCAUGCUGCAGCAGGUGUCAGAACUUCCUUCCUUCUUAAGAUUCCACAUGUAAGUCUCUCCUUUUAAAAUGUGAUGUCUCCAUUUCCGAGGGAAGUUGGUCAUCCCAGAUGAUCACAAGGAAGAGAUGAUUUGGCCUCCAACACUGAAUUAUUCAGGGCACCCCCGGUGGACAGAAAUACCCUGGAAUGUGAAGAAAGAGCAAGCAAGAAAGGACAAAUUGGUGGUCAUCCACACGAUUAACUGAAUUGAUGAACAUCGGAUCCCAGUCGAGCUGGAGAAAUUGGGGUCUAACGUCAGGACUCAGCCCACGUCUGUCAUUUAUGACUUUGUCUUCUUAUUAUCUUUGUAACAAGGCUCUUCUAUUAGCUCACAGUUUGCUGCCAAGUUGAUGAAAUCGCCGUUAUAUUUUAUGGUACACGGUAAGAGGAGAGAGGAGAUUUUAAAAGACCUACAGAUCUCUUCUUCAUUGAGGGACCUCGCCUCCUCUCUCUUCUCCCUGCGUGGGAUGGAGAUGAACUUACCAUCACGUUCCAAGGCACUGUUCAUUUCCUCUUCAGCUGAAAAAUAUAUAUUUAUUUGGCUGUUUUGCUUUACGAUUGUGGAGGCUGGCAUUUUCCAUUCCAGUGCUCUCCGUUCUGAACCACACUUGUAAUUACUGCUGUCUUUUAUUCUGUGUCUUCAGAGGACUGUCCCAUUCAAACUGUGAGAGGACAAAAGCUGCUGUCUUUCCAGGGGGUGGAAACAAUAGCAUCAAGUCUUCACAAUUUGGAGAAAGAAUAAACUCGGCACGCCUGCUGCAUCCUAAGGAUGAAGAAACUGGGGCCUGGAAAAAUUGUCUCUUGCGGAAGGCUGACCUCGUGGGAGAGAGAGCUGGGAUUGGUCUCAGGGCGUUUGGAUCUACUCUCUGUGACCCACCACCACAUUAUGCUUCCUCCCUUUUCAGGAAUUUUCGCUAAGAGUCAGGGUCUUGCCUUCUGUUUGUAUUGUAGUUUCCAUUCAUAUUCCUCUCCUUGAGAUCCCUGCUUCAAAGUCCACUUUGUUGGGGUGGCUUUUAAGAGGUGCUGUUUAUAUAAAAUUGGGGUGAGCUACAGUGGCUGUCAAGCACCACUCGCAUCCCUCUUCAGGGGGAAUUCGGGAAUGGACUACUUGCGCUGCUGCUGAAAGUGUGGCUUGGGAGGCCCACCCCUAGGUAUUCCUUGGCUGAAAAGAGCUGCUGCCCCAAGGUCACUUUCUGGGUCCCCACCGUCCUCUUCUACCCAGUGACUGAUUGACAAAGGCUCACAAAGGCCCAGUCCUCUCACUCCAUCAGGCUGACUCUGAGAAGGCAUCCCAUGUCUAGAGCUCCCUGUGGGGUUGGUCCAGGCCUUUGUUGGGACUGCCUCCCUAGGCCCAGUCCUGUUUCCUUCCCUUCUGUUCAUAGAGAGAUACUAAAGCCCACCCCCAGCCAUCCAAAUAAUCUUCCCACCCUCUACCAUUCUACAUUCUCCGUGGAGACUCAACGUGACCUUUCUCUCCUCCCCUUCCCCGUGUCCUAAGGUCCACUUCAUACCUGCAGGAGGUUGGCUCACCCCUGUGAACAUGGGCUGAAUCCUUGGCCCCAAGUGCAGAGAGCUCCCUUACCACAAGGAAGAUCUCAAAUAAUACACUGUCUCCUCAGAGUACAUCAACCCCCUCACCAGGGGCCACACCCUCCUCACCAGGCCUCGGAAACAUUUCCAGGCUCCGAGCAGCAGGGUGGCCCCUGUAACUUGAAACAACCGGCAGUGGUGGCCUCAGGCCAUGACAAUAUUUUUUGUCUUGGAAAGAAUACUUGAAAAUUACAAAAAUUAUGCCAUUUCCAUCGCAUGCCAGAAGCACCCAAAUUGCAUUUUAAUCCCUUUACAGAGGAAGCCCUGAUACUUGGCUUAGAGAUUCAGAUGUGUCUGGUUUUAAUCAAGGCGUGUGCUGUUUUUCCAGUUCCCUCACAUUGGACUAAUGCAAAAGACACCAGAAUCCAUCACACGUACGAUGUUAAAAGAGUCCAAUAGUCCACGUUUAUCUCGGCAAGUGGAGGAGAAGCUACCGCCAAUCUACAAAGUGCGGGAGAAGCAAGCAGUAAAUAACAACUUCCCCUUCUCUGUACACGACAAUCGUCACAGCUUUCAGAACUCUGGAUUCUACCUUGACUCUGGCCUGGGAUGUAAGAAGAUCUCCCCAGAAAAAAGGCAACACAUUUCAAGAAAUUUCAAUCUUUGGGCAUGUGACUAUGUUCCAUCUUGUCUCGAUGGCUUUUCAAAUAACCAAAUAUCAUAUGUCUGUCAGGAAGCUGUGGUGGUCCCAAUUUUCAGACGCUUUCCAAGACAUUAUAAUGAGUUAUGGAACACUUUUAAAUUUAUUCCCCAGCAAAGCUAUACAGAGUAUCUGAAAAAGAAUCCAAAAGUAAGGUUCAUGAUUAACAAAAAGGCUGGUUCUCCACUGGAGCCCUAACCCUUCCAGAAGAUUCUUGAUGAGUUUUGCAAUAUUGUUAUUUCAUCACACAUUCUAAAAGUAUGUAUUUUCUGAUCCAGCACUGAGGUUUGACAUAAGAUUUGUUUAGGAUUAGAGAAUAUAGACUGUAUGUGCCUCAAUGCUGAGGUGAAGUUUUCUUGCAGUGAUAACAUAAAGAAACAUAAAGUCCUUAUAUAGAGAAACCAGAAAGGCAACAGGUAAUGUUGCCACUCCCCCACCUUUAAAGUAUUUUUAUGGUUUUAAUAAGGUUGAAAAAUAUUCAGGUCCUUAUAAAAUAAAGAUACAUGAUGACAUACACAUUUUAAAUGAAUGUGUUUUAAACAAAAAUGUGCUUAAAUUUUGAAAUUGCCACAUUAACUUUGGGGAGAGGUUUUAAAUUACAUAAUUAAUAUAGACUUACAUUUUCAUCUUGAAAUUUCAAACAAACAGAGAAAGCAGGAGUCCCCUUUGAUUUCACCACAUCUCUAAUCCUUGUCCUGUCCCCAGAGGUAAGGUAACCAUUUGUUUUGUUUUGUUUUGUUUUAAUUUGUUUAUUUAAUUUAUUUAUUUUUGUCUGUGUUGGGUCUUCGUUGCUGCACGCGGGCUUUCUCUAGUUGUGGCGAGCGGGGGCUACUCUUCCUUGCAGUGCGCAGGCUUCUCAUUGCGGUGGCUUCUCUUGUUGUGGAACAUGGGCUCUAGGUAUGCAGGCUUCAGUAGUUGUGGCACGCGGGCUCAGUAGUUGUGGCUCAUGGGCUCUAGAGCACAGGCUCAGUAGUUGUGGCGUACAGGCUUAGCUGCUCCGUGGCAUGUGGGAUCUUCCCGGACCAGGGCUCAAACCCGUGUCCCCUGCAUUGGCAGGCAGAUUCUUAACCACCGCGCCACCAGGGAAGUCCCUAACCAUUUGUUUUUAUUCUGUGUUUUUACAAUCAGAUGCAUGUGCAUAGCUAUUAAUACAUACAAAUUUUGAACAUAAACUGUAUUACACAGUACAUAUGUUCUUGGAGUACAUAACCGAUCUUGAAGUUCUUGCAGUGUCAGUAUGAAUAAACUACUGCACUGUAUCCCCUAAUAUGGAUGUACCAUGUUUUAAAAAACUAUCUGACUAAUGAGCCUUUGAAUUAUGUCUAAUUUUUGGCUGCCAGACAUGGUGCUACUUGAACAUGCUUUAUCGGGCUCUUUGGGUGCAUGUUUAAAUGUGCUCUGUAGUCAUCUCUGAAAGUUACCUUCUUAGUGCCAAGUUGGCCCAUAUGCACAGAGUAUUAAUAAACACCGCCAAACCACCUUCAAAAAAGACUGGACCAAUUAAACUUCCAUCAACAGUAUCUGUGAGUUUCUGUUUCUCUCCCCCCUCAAAUUAUCUUUUAGAUAUUUAAGGAUAUUUAAGGACAAAAAAAUGGUAUCUUGUAUUUUCUUAUUUUGCAUUUCUCUGAUUAUUAGUGAAGUUGGCCAUCUUUUCCCACUCAGGGGUCAUUUAUAUUGCCCUUUAAAUGAGCAAUGUCACCAUCAUUCUAUAUCAAAAUUUUCUUGUUUCUAUUUAAAUAUUUUUCUUAUAGAUGAAUUUUAGAAUAAGCUUGUCAAGUAAACCCACUGGCAAUUUGAUAGGAAUUUUCCUGAAUUUAGAUAUUAAUUUAUAGGAGAAUCGACAUCUUUAUACCAUGGUGUAUCUCCCCAUUUAUUCAAAUCUUAUUUUAUGUUCUUUGGUAAAGCUUUAUAACUUCUUUUACAUAAGUAUGGUAUGUUUCUUUUCUGUGUUUAGUCCUGUAUAUUUUGAAAUGUGGCUCUCUUGAAUGUGUGUAUGUGUGUGUGUGUGUGUUUAAGUUACACUUUUAGGUUGGUUUUGUCUGAUGCAUAAAAAAAGC